AUGCGCCUUUGUCUUGCCCGGCUGCCGAGCUAUUUGAGGAAAGUGGAGACGGCUUUUGUGUUUCUAUCUCCCGGUAGAGGUAUUUAUAGCCUGCCGCUGACUAGCGCUUCCCAGCACGCUGGCAGCUGGACCCCCAUUCCUGGGGGUGCUGCGCCGGCUGUGGGCCCCGCUCCUCCCUCUCCCUCCCACCCGCUGCUGACAAGCGAAGGUGUGAGCAGAGUCCAACAGGUCCUCUGUGACUGGUACCGCAAGGGCGACCGAAAUAAACUGCUCCGUGGCUAUGGUCCACAGGCCAAUGACGUGACGUUCGUGGUGGGCCGGGAGCAGCAGAAGGUGUUUGCGCACCGCUGUGUGCUGGCGUGCCGCUGCCAGGCUUUCCAGGGAAUGCUUGGCCAGGGGCUGGCAGGCAGCGAGGACACUGCCGGCAGCAUCCCACCCCAGGGGCCCUUCAUCCUGGGCAAUGUGCAGCCUGAGGUCUUCCUGGCCGUCAUCGAGUUCCUCUACACCAACAGCGUCACCCUCAACAGCCACAUCGCGCUGGAGGUGCUGACCUCGUCAGUGGAGUAUGGCCUGCAGGACCUGUGCAAGCUCUGCGUCAAGUUCAUCAAGGACACGCUGAGCGUGGAGCAGGUCUGCGAGGCUCUGCAGGCUGCAGUGACCUAUGGGCAGGCAGACCUCCAGCAGCACUGCCUGGCCUUCAUUGAGGGCUGCACUGCGGCAGUGGUGCGGACACAGGGUUUCCAUGAGCUCUCUGAUGUGGUGCUGGCGCGGGUGCUGCGCAGCGACCGCCUGGACGUGGAUGAGCUGGACCUGGUGCAGGCUGUGCGGGAGUGGGCGCACGUCAGCUCGGCUGCAGUGACCUAUGGGCAGGCAGACCUCCAGCAGCACUGCCUGGCCUUCAUUGAGGGCUGCACUGCGGCAGUGGUGCGGACACAGGGUUUCCAUGAGCUCUCUGAUGUGGUGCUGGCGCGGGUGCUGCGCAGCGACCGCCUGGACGUGGAUGAGCUGGACCUGGUGCAGGCUGUGCGGGAGUGGGCGCACGUCAGCUCGGAGCUGCGCCUGCCCUUGCUGGCACCUAGCGAGCUGGCGACGCUGGAGAGCCACAACCAGCGGGACCUGCUCAUCCCGGUGGAGAGCAUCGCGGCGGCCUGGCGGUCCCACGGUGCCCAUGUCCUCAAGCUCACCUAG